AUUCCUUUAUGAUCUAAGGCCAAGUUAUUUGAGCUUUUGUGCUGCAAUUCGUGUGGUACGAUUUCGCCAGAAUAAAGGAAUUGUGUUUUGUGGCUUUUGCGGCAGUGAAACAUUGGAAAAGCCCGCCAUUUUGUUCUUUUGUAGAGAAUAUAGUUUUACCACGAGGUUCACCGCCAUAAAGGGAAAUCGACACCAAUUUGUGCUGAUAUAAAGCAUUGGCUGAAUCUUUUGUGAUAAGAGGUUCGAUUUUUUCUCCCUUUUAUUUUAUCACACAGCACCUUUUUGGAGAGACAGACUCUGCUCACCGAUUUUCAUCACCUUUGUUGCAUUGAACCGGUUGGCCCGAUUCAACUCACUCCUCACGUAGUUCCAUUUUCCAUUUUAUUCCGCUGUGAGACGUCAGUGUGAAGAACGACAGUGAGCAAACGAUUCACGAAAUCAGAGGAGGAAAAGUGCAACAUAGUUACAUCUGCAUCAGUGAAAUUCAUUACAUUUUGCGGAAAGAGAUAUCGCAAGAUAGAAAAUUUUUUUCCGGUGGAAGCUUUGGAUUACUGCUGGACUGUUGCUGUUUGCUGUUGAGUGCUGGAUUUGCUGCUGUUUGCUGAAAGAAUAAAAACUACGGCGAGUUGGAUUGUUGAGUUGCUGCUGUUGCUGGUUGGUGUUCUGCUGGUUGGUGUAUAGCUGGUUGUUUGGAUUUUUUUUGUGCUGCCUUUUUUGGAUUGGAUUUUGGUUUUGCUUGGUGUAGCCUACUUUACCGAGUGGAGGAUUUUCGUACUUUUGUUUGGUUUUUACUCCAAACCGUAACAGGUAUGUGAUAUUAUUUUUUUACCUGGUGUAUUUUAAAUCAUAUCAAAAUAUUUUGUACGCAUUUUUUAUUGUGAAAAAAGUAUUUUUCUCAAUUGUGAUUACACAUAUUUUCUUUUAAUAUAUUUUUGUGAAUUUAUUUCCCUGUUCUAUUAAAAGGAUGUCUACUGCUGCCACUGAACCAUAUUUUCCUGGGUCUUUCCCUUUUGUUGAAUACCUUGAACAACUAGAAUGGGUUUUUAAGGCGAAUGAGUACGCUGAGAAUAAGUAUAUGACAAAAUUUUUAGCUGUUUGCGGUCUACUCUGAUCUGAAAAAACUUUUUCCUGGUGAAGAUUUUGAAAAAUUGAAUAAUAAGCAAAUCACAGAUGCGCUCAAAAAUCAUUACGAUAAGACUGAUUCUGAUGUCAUUCAUAGUUUUCGGUUUUGGACAAGGAAGCAAAGUAAGAAUGAAACUUCCGAGGAUUUUGUUUUGAAUGUUAAAGUUUUAGCUGAACUAUGUAAUUUUGGUACGCUAAAGGAAAGAGCGAUUAGGGAUGUUUUGGUGAUUGGGGUCUACGAUCAAAAUCUUCAAAAGCGUUUGUUCGACGAGGAAGAUUUGACGGCUGCUAAAGCAGAGCGGAUCAUUUUAAGCCAAGAGUUGGCUGCUAAUAGAACGCGAUUGGUAAAGAAUGAUGAAAACAGAUCUGGAGUUAUCGCUAGAUUAGGUCAUAGAAAUGAUCGUUUCGAUUCCAAGUGUAGACGUGAUCGGUCCGUUUCUAAAAAUAAGAGAUAUAGGAACGAAAGUCGGAAUAGAGAUGGUAAUAGGUCAUUUCCAUCAAGAGACAGAUACGAUAAGAAAAGAUCGAACUUCGGUAAACCUACUUUUGAGUGUACAUUUUGUGGCAAGAAAGGUCACACCAAAAAAAUAUUGUUACAAGCUAAAAGGAAAAAGUCCUCAUAAGAACUAUCGUAGUGUAAAGUUUGUUGACUCGCCAAAACCAUCCACGUCCAGUACUUCUUACCUAUUCAAACGUUUCAACGAAGAAAUCAAAAACAAGUCACACGCUGACUCAGAAAGUGAAGAAGAUGAAAGCAUGAAAUGCAUGUUAAUUUCGUCUAUAAACAAAAUAAAUGAACCGUGUUAUGUAGAAGCUACAAUAGAGAAGAAAAGAUUGACCAUGGAAGUCGAUUGUGGGUCGGCAGAAACAGAUAUUUCAGAAGAUUUGUUUUUAAGGAAUUUUGAAAAUGUAACCGUUGAAGGGUGUAAUAAAAAACUUGUAGUGAUAGACGGGAAAAAGCUUAAGGUUCUUGGCAAAGCAAAAGUAGAUGUUCGUCUAGGAAGCAGCACGAAACACCUCUACAUGAUCAUCCUGCGUUGUGAAAACGAUUUCAUACCAUUGAUGGGCAGAACUUGGCUCGAUGUGUUCUAUUAUGGCUGGAGGAACACUUUUAGUAGACCGAUUAUUCAACAAAAGCAAGUCAAUACGCUUAAGGAUGAUAAUGUAAUUGAGGUGAUUAAAAAUUUCCCUCGGUGGCCGGAUCAUAUCCGCCCAUAGGCGCCAAAUCAAACCACCAACAACUUAUCGCCAGAAAACACGAAAACGUGUUGUUUUCCAAGAAGAGAAUUUUGUUGAUCCAAACCACAAUAUAAACCCAGCACCACCACAUGAUAAUGUUUCCAGUACUAAAUCCAACAAAAGGAAGCGAGAUGAAGAGCAGUUUCACGAAAAGGAACCGGAGUCGGAUCCAGAAUAUUAUGGUUUCGCAGCGGAAUAGUGCAUCUACAGGGGCGAGCCCGAUUCGAAGGAAGCAUCGGAAUCGAUAAGAAAAUCAAGAAGAAUGCAUAAGAAACGAAGAAUACAAGAUUUUCAUUAUUAUUAAUAUGUUUCAAUUGUUAAUUUGCGAUUUCAGUUUAGUAUUCAAUUUUGUAUUAAACGUUUAUAUUACAGAA